CGCUUGGCUUUCUAAUUUUUCUCAGUUUUCAAAAAAAAUACGAAUACCUGUAUUUCGUGUUACCCGGAUCAGUCAUCUCGAGGUCAACGUAAGACUUAUAAAAGCAGCCGAGAUUUCCAGGAGUGUAUCAUCGAUUCAUCAUACAUUGUGUGCUUCGUUUUGCGGACGAUCUGUAACCCUGGCAAAAGUGCUGCAGUAUUUGACAACUGACGAUUACGAACCUUUGGGCCUAACUGAUAACAAAUUUCAAGUGUUGUGCCCGCAUUCCACUUUUUUGCGCUACCCUCAUUAUUGUCAUAUCGGUGACAUCCCCUUCUUAAUCGCAGAUGCCUGCUCACGCACGUCCAGAUUGGGUAUCCAAUCCGUAUCGUACCGUGGAUCAGAUUUUUGAAAACAAUUCGGAGCUUUACGUCAGCGAUCCCGAACGUCUGUGUCGCGAUAUUGCAGCAGCCUUUCAAGCUAAAACUUUCGACGACCGUAGCGACUACCGAUACUUCAUUCCGUCUGUGCAGUCGUGGAAAUGCCCGCGAGAUAUUCCGCGCAGGACUUUAGUGCAUUUCCGCUGCAUGAUCCAGAACGAGCAGUCGUCCGCCUAUCAUCAACCGUUUGUGCAGAUCCGUAAUUCGACAUCAGGAGAAGUACGCACGGUGUGUGGACUAUUUAAACAUCAUGUGGCUCUUGAGGAAAACCAAAUGUGCCUAGCGAACAGCGAUCCGCGGAGUUUGUUCCUUGUGCAGUCAUUCAAAUGUGUUCCUGUUCCGGGGGAAACGCAGUGGGUGCAAGAUUUGAAUACGCUUCAUGACUCUGCUCGCGUUUCCACCAGCGACUGCACCAUUAUAGCACAUUUUUUUGGGAGUGCUGCCGACGGUAUCAGGAUAAACGAAAUGUACGAUAUAUUUGGAAUUGUCUACGGAGGCAAUCCCGAUAAAGCACCGGAAGCUGUGGAACCAUUACACAUGGCCGUGUACUUUGCGAGGAAACGGGCACACAGCCAUCCCGAACUCUCGUUCAAUACAGCCGAGCUUAAUGGAAUCUUGCAUGAAUUGCGCUAUCUUCGACCGACUUUACUGGAAUUUCUACGCAGUUUCGUCCAAGGUGACAUUGUGGCUGCGGAGUACCUGUUAAUUCAUCUGCUAUCAUCAACAUACGGUUCGCGUGACGGAUUGCCGAUAGGGAACUGCUCUCUUAAUCUGAUUAAUUUUGCGGAUCGGCCAGAAUUUGCUGCCAGAUUUAAGGCGUUCAUCAGCGAAAUCAUACCAAAGGCAAGAUUUUUCUCUUUGGGCAUUGCAACGCUGAACAACGCCCGUAUGUGCCCGAAGCUGGAUGUCGAAUCUUCUGAUACAGAACAGGAGUUGCUCCCAGGCAUUCUACAAUUGACGGGCCACACUCACUUGAUUAUAGAUGAAACAACGAUGGAUGCGGGAACCCUUAAUGAUGCUGGGGUGAAAAAUUUGCUGGCUUUGCAAAAAUUAGCCACAGAGCAAAAGAUGGACAUUGAUUACUUCACCCAACAAGUUGAAUUUGCGAUGGAUACACCUGUUUUCGUCCUUAGCCAUGGCCGUUCGCUUAUUGAAUGUCGUUACGUGGUGCCGGUGAAACCCGAUAAUUCCUAUACCGAAACAGUCUUAUCGGACGAUACUGUGAAAGUUAUACGGAAAUAUUUAACUGCCGCCAAAUUUGCAUCUUACGAAAUUGAUGAGGACAUGCGAAAGGAAAUUGUCGAUGACUUUGUGGAAAAACGGAAAACCGACCGUAAUAUGUCCGGCAUUUUACUUCACAAUCAACUGGAGCUGGCGCGCUAUGUGUGUAUAUCGCACGGAGACAAGGCUUUGACAUCGGCGCACUGGAAUCACGUGCAGAUGCUUGAGAAAGAACGGAUUGAUCGUAUGAAGCCCUCCAUUAAUCCAUGAUUUCGUGUGGACUGAUGGCUUUUACUUUCUGUGUGCUGAGACUUAUCUUAGGCGUCUUUAAUUAUUCAUGUUUGCUCAUUGUUAUGUCGUAUUGCUGGACACAUGCAGUAGCGAUUGCUCUAUCCUAAAAUUUAAUGCAUUGCUGUAAUUAGCAGGGUCUGACAGCUGUUGAUUUCAUUGCUUAUACAAGACAAAUCGGGAAGACAACUGAGUGAACUUUAAUUUUUUAUUCAAGUUCGCCACAGAGUUGUGACUGACGUUCUAACCAUAAGAAAGAAUUAAAUCGGA